UUUUGUGGUGGACAAUGCAGUGGGUGAUGGACAUUGCAGUUGAGGAUGGACAUUGCUGUGGUCAUUGGUCAUCGCAGUGGGCAGUGGUCACUGCUGUGGAUGGUGUUCAUUGAAAUGCGUGGAGGUCAUUACAGGAGGCAGUUGACAUUGCAAUACAUGGUGGACAUUGCAGUACAUCAAGGUCAUUGCAGUGUGUGAUGGACUUUACAGUGGUGGUAGUAAUUGCAGUAGGCGAUGAAUAUUGUAGUAGCUGGUGGACAUUGCAGUGGACAUUACAGUGGACAUUGCAUUUGAUGGUCAUUGCAGUAAAUGGUGAAUUUUGCAGCAGGUGAUGGUAAUUGCAGUGGUGGUUGGAUUUUGCAGUAGGUGGUGCAUUUUGGAUUAGGCAAUGGUCAUUGCGGUAGGCGGUGGACAUUGCAGUGGGUGAUGUAUGUUGCAGUGGCUGUUGGAUUUUGCAGUAGUUGAUGGUCAUUGCAGUCGAUGGAGGAUAUUGCAGUAAGUGGUGAAUUUUGCAUUAGGUGAUGGUUAUUGCAGUAGAUGGUGGAUAUUGCAGUAGCUGGUGGAUUUUGCAAUAGGUGAUGGAUAAUGCAGUAGCUGGUGGAUUUUGCAGCAGCCGAUGGAUAUUGCAGCAGCUGGUGGAUUUUGCAUUAGGUGAUGGUCAUUGCAAUAGAUGAUGGAUAUUGCAGUAGCUUUCGGAUAACGCAGUUGAUGGUGGGUUUUGCAGUAGGAGCUGGUCAUUGCAGCAGGUGGUGGACACUGCAGUGGACGCCGACCAUUGCAGUGAAAAAUCAUCGAGGACGUUGCCAUUCCAGCGGACGGCGGUGACGGCGAUGAGCCGCGCGCGCGCAGCGGGCAGUGCUGAGUGAGCGCGGGGCCUCUUUGUGAGGUCACGUCGCUAGGCAACCGCUUUCGACAGAAAGAUGGCGGCGGAGGAGGUUAUACAAAAUCAAUUAAAGCUCUCUAAAUGCAAGGUGAAAAAUGAUCUCAUUGAACUUUACCUGGCUAACGAAGGACUAACAGAAGUGCCUAAUCUGUCGAGAUUUAAAUGGUUAAAGUAUUUGUGGCUGCAUCACAAUAAGAUUAAAACAAUCAAUUUCUUGAGCAUGAAUUAUCACAUCAAAGAAUUAUACUUACACAACAACCUGAUCACUGAUGUAACAGGUGCUCUGAAACAUUUGACAUCAUUGCAGAUAUUGAUGCUACAAAAUAAUUGGCUUCAUAAGGUGGAGAAAGUCAUAUCAGAAUUCAAGAAAUUGAGAUGGCUACACACACUAAAUUUAUUCAAUAAUCCUUUGACACAGGAGCAAGAUUAUCGCCUUUAUGUCAUCUACCAUGUGCCUUCAGUACAGCUGCUUGAUAGACAGUUGAUUACUCAGAAGGAGCGAGAUGCUGCUUUUGGUACCUACUGUCAAGAUCAAUUCCGAGUACGUCAAUCUUUGGCUUUUGGGCAGAGAAAACCAUAUUUUACUGUUCAACACAUCACACCAAAGAAAACUUAUAAGAAAUAUCCAGGUGUUUUAAACCAAGAGAACAAAAUGAUCAGAGAGCUUUCUGAGGAUAUUAUUGGUUCACAAAUGAGACGAAGAUCAAUUAUGCAGUUUUCUACUCUGGAUUGGAAUAAAGUUCCUAAUGCACAACAGAAGCGUUUGGCAGAUGAACCUUUGUAUUCAUCUCACAUAAUUGUUACCCAGUUCAGAUGACUUCAAUGCAUCAUAGUGUAUUUGGCUUUGAAACAACAUGCCAAGAUAUUUUAAAAAUGUACUUGAAGGAUAAAUGCCAAAGAUUUAAUUCUUACUAUUGUUACUCUCUUAUUAGCAUUUAAGUCAUAGAAAUGUACUGUACUAUUUUCGCAGAUCUUUCUACAAUUAUUUUGCCCUAACGUUUGUACUCUUUAAGGGUGCAGAUAGAAAGACCUUCAAUCUCUAAAGUAGAUACCAGCAUAAAGUACAUCUACAUAUAUAUGCCAAGUUAGUAAAAUGUCAAAAACAAAACAGACGACUGUGGAUGCUGAAAAUCUGAAAGAAAAACAGAAAUUGCUUAGAAACUUAACGGGUCUAACAGCAUCUGUAGAGAGAAAGCAAAGAUAAUGAUUCAAGUCCAAUGAUCCUUCUAGGGUAUAGAAGAUGGUUACUGGACUCUAAACAGUAAGACCAUAGAAGAAAGAACAGCAGUAUGUUGUUCAGCCACUUGAGCCUGCUCUGCCAUUCACUAGGAUCAUGGCUGAUCCGACAUGCCCCAUGUCCACUUUCCUGUGUUUUCCCUGUUGUCCCUGAUUCCUCUACUGAUUAAGAAUCUAUCUCAGUCAUAAAUUUUCACAGGACCUUUGCACUCACAGCUUUCUGUGUCAAAGAGUUCCAAAAUCUCACAAUCCUCUGAGAGAAGAAUUUUUUCCUCAUCUCAGUCCAUGAUUGGUGCCUGUUUAUGCUGAGACUCUCCUGGACUCUCAUGGCAGGAGUAAUAACUUGUUAAGACAAUCCCUCCAUACCAGGGAUCAUUUUAGUGAAGUUUCUCUGACCUGCCUCCAGAGAAAAACUCUGUUUUCUCACCACAGCUGAGAUUUUCCAGCAAUUUCUCUUUUUGUUGGUAAAAUGUCAGCUAUCUGGAUACAUGAUGCUCCGGAAGUAUAUAUAAUAGCAUAUCUAAAGUUUUUGGUUAUUUCAGUUUAAUAAAAAUAGUAUGGUGUGCAUUUUCUAUUUUACAUUGCACUUUCUGUACAAAUAACGAAUUACUUUGGUAGUACAGUCAACCUUAAAAAGUAUCAGGUAUUAAAUUCAUUUCCCAUGUCAAUUGGCAGUACAUGUAGUUGUAACUAACAUAUUUUAGGCUUAAUUACAGAAGGUAUUAAAAUCAGUAAGUGCUUCAUGUUCUAUUUUAUGCUUUGCCAUAAAUUAUCAACAUUUAGCCAUCAUCAUUUUCCCUCAUCUCUCUAAGUGUUUGCUUUCUAAUUCCACAUUGUUAAGUGAACAGCUAUUAACAGAGGGUGGAAUGGUGAAGCUUGAUUAUGGACCUUCCUUUGCAGCAGCAAAGCAUAAUUUGAAAUCCAUUAGCUCCUAGAUGUACAUGAACCCAUUAUCUGCCGGGUCAUUCACUUUUCUCCGAAACCCGUCUUGUAAAUUUGAGAGAAUAGUUAAUGAGUAAUUCUAAAGUGCAGCUGGUUCUUCAGUAUUAUGUUGUCCAUACUGUGAUUUUUCACCCAGUGUACUGAUGGUGAUGCAAUUCUAUAUCAGAGACAGUGUUUGUUUUUUUUUUGGUAAUUAUUGAAUAUAAAUGUUCAGAGGCAUUUAUUUAUGCUGAUAUAUUGUUUCUUUAACUUAGAGGAUUCAGGGAGUAUUUUAUAUAGAAAGAUAUGCUUUGAGAAUUAGCUGCAUUCAUUUUUAAAUAAAAAACUACAGAUCACUCAUCUUGAAAAUAUUUGAUGAGUGGUGAGAGUUUGAGUACUAUGCCUCAUUUAUUUAUGAUUGGAAGGAGUUUGCAUUCAAUAUCUCCCUUCUUCCACUACCACCAAAGAAGUAUAAUGAGGUUAGAUGUUAGAUUUUGCCCUUAAGUAUUCCUGGUGAGGAAGAAAGGGUAAACAUUGAAUUGCAUAUGUCAAGGUGACACAGAAGGUCCAGUGCAGUUGGAAGGUGCUCAUACCAGGUUUGAGAAAAUACAAGGUGAAAGUGAAGACUGCAGAUGCUGGAGAUCAGACUCAAG